GGGCCAUGCACAAAUCUCCUCGGUCAAAUCGAUGAGCCCCUUGUACGACGACCGCCAUACUUCGCCGCCCACGACAUCACCCGGUACUUGCUCCCUCGCCCUCCGCCUCCUCCCCUUCCCCAUCAUCCUCCCCACCGCCCGGUGGUGAAGGAGAGCACGGAGAUCGGAGGGAUUUCGUAGGUUCCGGUUGAGGUUUUUUCUCGAGCAUACGGGUUUUAGUGCGAGUUGGGCCGGUGUGAGCGGCAGUGCCCGAAGAGGUUGAGGGCAGGGGCGCGGAGGGGGGCCUUGCGGCGGCCGGCGAAGGCACCAAGGAGGCGGAGGGCGGCGGGGAGGCCGUCGGCGGGGGGGAGAGAGAGGAGGAGGGGGAGGAAGGAAGGAGAGCACGGAGAUCGGAGGGGUUUCUUAGGUUGCGAUUGGGGUUUUUUCUCGAGCAUACGGGUUUUCGUGUGAGUUGUGGCGGUGUGAGCGGCUUAGGGCCGAGGAGGUUGAGGGCAGGGGCGCGGUGGGGGGCCUCGCGGCGGCCGGCGAAGGCGGCGAGGAGGCGGAGGAGGGCGAGGUUAUACGCUAGUAGUUUUAUUGAGCUGGGACCCUACAGAAUCCUGAUUGCCAAUUUUUGGGUCAAAAAGGACUCGGAGCCGGUUCUCAUAACGCGCCCGACCGACCGCCAAUCUGUAGAGAAGAAAACAAAACCCAUCAAGCGAACUCGUUUCCAGAACCCUCCACGCUGCUUCUCCUCUCCCAAAAUCUCUCUCAAAUUUUUUUUAGGUCACCUCCAAGAACUCCCACUCUUCUUCUUCUCGGUAAUUCUCGAACAAAGAUUCGGUUUUGAUUUCCAGUGUAUCGUCGAGGGAGAGAAGAGGAUGGUUUUCGGGCAGGUGGUGAUCGGACCCCCGGGGUCCGGGAAGACCACUUACUGCAACGGCAUGUCGCAGUUCCUCAAACUCAUCGGCAGGAAAGUGGCUGUUAUCAAUUUGGAUCCAGCAAAUGAUGCAUUGCCAUAUGAAUGUGCUGUAAAUAUUGAAGAUCUUAUUAAACUGAGUGAUGUUAUGGCAGAACAUUCUCUUGGUCCAAAUGGAGGUCUUGUUUAUUGCAUGGACUACCUGGAGAAAAAUAUUGACUGGCUAGAGUCCAAAUUGAAGCCUCUUCUUAAUGAUCACUAUCUUUUAUUUGAUUUUCCUGGCCAAGUUGAACUCUUCUUCCUUCAUUCAAAUGCAAAGAACAUUAUCACUAAACUGGUCAAGAAGUUGAACCUUCGGUUGACUGCUGUUCACCUAGUUGAUGCCCAUUUAUGCUGUGAUCCUGGAAAAUAUGUGAGUGCACUGCUUCUCUCACUAACAACAAUGCUACAUUUGGAACUUCCUCACAUCAACGUCUUGUCUAAGAUCGAUCUUAUUGAGAGCUAUGGGAAGCUAGCUUACAACCUUGAGUUCUACACAGAUGUUCAAGAUUUAUCUUAUUUACAGCACCACCUUGAUCAGGAUCCUCGUUCAGCCAAAUACAGAAAACUCACCAAGGAGCUCUGUGAUGUCGUUGAAGAUUUCAGCCUGGUUAACUUUACGACCUUGGACAUUCAGGACAAGGAAAGUGUUGGGAAUCUAGUGAAGCUGAUUGAUAAAAGCAACGGAUAUAUAUUUGCCAGCAUACAAGGGAGUGUUGUGGAGUUCAGCAAAAUUGCGGCUGCACCUCUUGAUUGGGACUAUUACCGAACAGCAGCAGUGCAGGAAAAAUAUAUGAAAGAUGAUGAUGAUCAUCAAAAUUGAUAGAGAGUGCAUUGCGGAUGAUCAGCUACCCUUUGCAUGCGGCUCAAGGGCUGGCAGACUUGGUGGGCUCAUUAUCUCGAGAUCUAUUGGGCUAGUCUAAGUGCCUUCUUGCUGUGUUCGAAGAUCUGCAGUGUCGAUGCCCUUACUCGUAAUGCAUAACACAAACAUUAUGUAAACUUGAAAGACUCCUUGGUUUUCGUAUGUACAAAGAUUGCUCCUCCAUGAAAUUCUUUUUAUUUUGCAAAUGAUGCAAUGGUUAUAGCAAUGAGGAAACAAUUAGUGUUGAUAUUUCUUAUUCACUGUCAACUGAACUAAUUUCAGAUUAGGCAAUUCUUGCAUCAAGAAGUAUCCUAAAGCCAGAGGUAACAUGGUCGGUAUUUUUAUUGGUGUUAGGUAUUCAAUCUCUUGCACUUGCUGUAUCAUAUGUUCGUUUUUCAUACUCAUGUUGUCACUUUGAGAACUCAGCUUUUGGUGCUUGUGAAAUGGAUUCAUCAUUGGAAACUG